AUGGCAAAGAACACUUCCUGUUACGUAAUACCAGAGAAUAUUAAAGAAUUUGAGAAAAAGCAGCUUCCAGAAUCGCUCUGUGAUUGGCGAUGUUCUGAUGUGAUUGAGACUUCGUGUGGAGGAACAGAGGCAAUUUCACUCUACAAAGUCAUAGAUGUGAAUUACACAACUUUCUGGGGGUUUAAACAACUCCAUGAGGAUCAAUGCAAUGCUUUGUAUCUACCUGAUGUUGAUCUACCUUAUCAAAGAAUUGUCUGCCAAAACACUUCAACGUGCUCAACUCUGUGUUUACAAAAAAGGGCACUCGGUGUUCUCAGCAAGAAGGGGAAUGGCAGCAUUGUUCUUGAAUCUACGUUGGAGAGGAGGAAAAUGUUUCCGUUUAUUUGCGAAUUAUUAAAUGAACCAGCUGUUCAAAGCACCGACUCAGACAGAUCCAAGACAACAAAAAAAUUUCAGAUCGAUCUUAUGUCGGAGUUAAAUUCUAACUCAAUAGACCUCUUUGGUGCCAAAGUGGCUUUCUGUUCCUUUUUGGACAUUGAUGUUGAUGUAGAAAAGAAGUACAUAAGGGUUGGGGUUACUCUUAAGUCUUUAUUUUCUAUUCUAAGAAACUUCCAUCUAAAUCUCCAUCCUCCUGACAGCGUUUUCUCAGCUGAUCACAAAUCUCGCCAACCAGAGGGCUCCGAGGAGCACGUAGAUACAUCUUUUAUAUAUGAUGGUCAUGUUCGAGGAGUCCCAGACAGCGCUGUCCAUGGCGCGGUACUGCGUGGUAUAUUUCAGGGUACCAUAAUGCUGUCACCAGAGAAAAUUUACUUCAUCCAGUCGGGGGACCGGUACUUCCCGAAUUCUCCCCGACUCCUAGAUUUUCACUCCAUUAUAUACAAGGAGGACAUAUAUGAAUCUUGGCCCUUACAGAUUUUACCAAAAUCAACAGUUCAAAAACUUACCAAGUUUCAGACUUAUUGGGGCCCGAUACCAGGGCCGCCAUGUUUUGAAGAAAUGAGUUUCAGGAUACAGAGAACAACAAUGAUGACGGACGAAUCCCUACAGUGUACCACGUAUCUUCGGACCAAUGCUCUGAGCUUCUGUAAUCCGAACAUCGACGUCAGUAAUUUUUUGAAUCUGAAUUCCUUGGACAAUCAUGAUCCUUUCUGUCUGGCGUUUGCUUUCACCUAUCGGGAUUUCUCAAAAGGCACUCUCGGACUAGCCUGGGUUGGAUCGCCCACGGCUGCAGCAGGGGGCGUAUGUGAGCGCUAUAGGACAGUACGAGAACAGGGAAGAAGUAUACAGAAGAGCCUGAAUACCGGGAUAGUAAACUUAAUAUCAUAUUCCCCUCGGGCAAAGCCUUCGGUUAUUCAUCAACUAUUUGAUUUAUUAAUUUAUACAUUAUUUUAUUUUCAGCAUGACAGUGGAACUAUUUGUGCUCCAGGUGGAGAUCCAGGUAACUUUAUCAUGUAUCCAAGCGCAACCAAGGGUAACCGUCCUAACAACGACCAUUUCUCCAAGUGUAGUAAGGAAAACAUCACGUUAGUCUUAGACGCCGUAGUGAACGGCAGGAACGGGAAAUACAACUGCUUCAAAUCAUCGAACUCGGCAUUCUGUGGUAACGGUAUAGUAGAGGAAGGGGAGCAGUGUGAUUGUGGCUAUAAAGAUGAUUGUACAGACAAUUGCUGCCACCCUCGGAGCAGCGAUCCAAACGACAAACAGAUGUGUAAAUAUAAAGAUCCUUACAAACAAAUGUGUAUUUUUAGUCCAACUGAAGGCCCAUGUUGUACAGACAAAUGUGAUUUUAAACCAGCAAAUAUGAUGGUUUGUCGAGCUGCCACGGACUGUAGCGAAGAGCAAAAAUGCAACGGAAGUAGCGCAAAGUGUCCAAUUCCUAAAAAUAAAGAGGAUAUGACGUAUUGUAACGAUUAUACUCAAGUCUGCAUAAAGGGGGUAUGUGAAGGGUCCCUCUGUAAAAGAAUAGGUUAUAACCAUUCUUCACAUGCUCACUGGAAUUCUACGUGGGAUGAUUGUUACAUUGGAAUGUCGGGGUCUCUCUCUGUUGAACAGAAAGAAAAAUUGUGUUACUUAUCUUGUAAACCAGAUGCCAAUGACACGUGUUACGUCUCGGAGGGCCAAAAAGGAAUUCCAGAUAUAUUCAGUAACCUAGUUAAAGAAGUAAAGAAUAAGAGAGGAGAUAAUUCACCUAUUUCGGUAGCUUCAGGCACACCCUGUAACAACUAUCAGGGCUAUUGUGACGUAUUCCACAGAUGUAGAGGCGUGGAUAACGAGGGUCCUCUGGAACGACUGAAAAAUUUGAUCUUUGGAGAAGAAACUCUUACCACAAUUAAAGACUGGAUCAUUGAACAUUGGUGGGGUGUAAUGCUAAUUGUAGUCGGGAUUGUGAUUAUGAUGGGCGUCUUCAUCAAAGUUUGCUCUGUUAACACACCGAGCGAAGACCCAAAGCUAAAGAAAUUCAGGAAAAAGAAUAAAAAGGAAAGGGGGCCGGUGAAAAAUCCAGGUCCAUACUACAUAGGAGGUAAUAACAAAGGAAGAGAUGACGGGAGGGGAGCAGUGGGGAAUAACAGGCGAAAUAUGGAACUGAGGAAAGUCUAGACAAAUAUACAGUCAAAAUGUCCAGAAAUGUACAGUAAAAAAGUCCAGACAUGUACAGUGUACAGUGAAACAAGUUUAUAGCGCACAUUGGCAUUGAGCGGUCAUGGACAAUCCUGUUAAAAUAUUUUUUUUCACACAGCACUACAAAUUUAUGAGUACGUUAAUUGGAUAACAAAAAAAAAAAAAGAGAUUAUGAAUCGGAUGCAACCGUUUCUAGUAAUUCGCUAUAAACGUGUUUGACUAUAAAUUAUUUUGUUUACAUUAGCAGUUGUAUAUGUUUUGUAACUGAUGAUUUUAUAAUGUGCCAAAUUCUGGUCAAUGUUUUAACUUACUUGCUGUCUCUAGAUCUAGAAUACAUAUUUAUUUCAUUUUGUACUGAAUGACA